GAUACUGGCUGUUACUGACACGGGACACUGAGCUGAGGAAGACGAGGCGAGGCACAAGACAUUGAUAUACUGGGAGUAGGUAAUCUAUUUGAUUUGCCAAGUGAUCGUUGUAGGCUUAGAAACACAUUCAACUUAAUUAGAACCAAUCUGCAUGUAAUUUCAUGUCGGCAAGUGUGGCCUUUGAAGGUAAUUGUCCUUACGAUACGUGGCGGAUUAUGUGAAAUGUGCAAUGAAUACGAAAACAAAAUGUUUCAAAGAGGCCUCUAUCGAUCUUCGGAUCUAGCCAGACAAUGUGAAAAUCGAUCUCAACUUCGCUGACAAACACAACUUCUGUGUGUGCAGGAGUUGCCGCUUGUCCACACUUCUAUCCGAUAUUUUGCCUUUUUGUGAUUCGCUUUUGCUGGAAAUAUCAACCGAAUCUGUGUCUGUGUCUGGUUUUCCAGGGAGCCAUGACUCGCGCUUCUUUAAUAUUUCUGACGCUGACGUCGAUGUUGUCAAUGACGCCGGUCUUGUCAGAAGGCGCUGGACGCUCUGUUUUAUCAGAGAGGAAGAAAUUGACGGACGACUUUUACAAGCCUGACAUCGAGAAGUUCUGUAGCCUGGAGGUGGCGUGUGAUGGAGUCAGCGGGACUCGUAUCCCCAUUCAACUCCCCCGGGGGCGGGACGGCAGUGACGGAGUUCAAGGCCCCGCGGGGCCACAAGGAAUACGAGGAAAGCCUGGAAUACGGGGUCCGGCAGGCCCACCCGGGAAAGCCAGCACUGGAGUAAGACCAUCGGCUUUUAUGGUGGGGACAAGCGCCCAUCGCUACCCCGCCAGCUACGAGCAGCAGUCUGAAGUUUUGAUCUACGACUCCAUCUCCACCAACGUCGGCGAAGACUACGACAACAAAACGGGCAUCUACUCGGCGCCACUGAAUGGAACAUAUAGCUUCACCGUAACUUUCGCAGCCCACGCAGGGAAGGAGGCAGCUGGUGAGUUGCGGACGAGCGGGAGCGACACAGUUGUAGGUCGAGUAUGGGCCAUCAGCCGCCCCUCCUGGUCGAUGUCCUCAAACACCUUCGUCAUCCAGCUACGGGAGGGGCAGGGGGUGUGGGUCAAGCCCAUCAAGUCAGCAAUGCAGCUCUAUGGAAACUUCUACUGCACAUUUACAGGGCAUGCCUUGUUCUACGACUAAAUAACACCCUGUGCUAGACCUAAUAGACAUUAACACGUUGUGCUAGACCCAACACACAUUAACACGUUGUGCUGGACCCAACACACAUUAACACGUUGUGCUAGACCCAGCACACAUUAACACGUUGUGCUAGACCCAACACAUAUUAACACGUUGUGCAAAACCCAACACACAUUAACACGUUGUGCUAGACCUAAUAGACAUUAUUACGCUGUGCUAGACCCAACACACAUUAACCCCUUGCUGUAGACCCAACACACAUUAAUACGUUGUGCUAGACCCAGCACACAUUAACACGUUGUGCUAGACCCAGCACACAUUAACACGUUGUGCUAGACCCAGCACACAUUAACACGCUGUGCUAAACCCAACACACAUUACCACGUUGUGCUAGACCUAAUAGACAGUAUUACGCUGUGCUAGACCUAAUACACAUUAGCACGUUGUGCUAGACCUAAUACACAUUAACACGUUGUGCUAGACCCAACACACAUUAACACGUUUUGCUAGACCCAACACACUUUAACACAUUGUGCUAGACCCAACACAUAUUAACACGUUGUGCUAAACCCAACACAAAUUACCACGUUGUGCUAGACGUAAUAGACAUUAUUACGCUGUGCUAGACCUAAUACACAUUAGCACGUUGUGCUAGACCCAGCACACAUUAACACGUUGUGCUAGACCCAGCACACAUUAACACGUUGUGAUAGACCCAACACACAUUAACACGUUGCUGUAGACCCAACACACAUUAACACGUUGCUGUAGACCCAACACACAUUAACACGUUGUGCUAGACCCAACACACAUUAACACUUUGUGCUAGACCCAACACACUUUAACACGUUGUGCUAGACCCAGCACACAUUAAUACGUUGUGCAUUCACAACCAUGUAACACUUUGUAUUUAAAUAAUUCAAGGCA